GAAAGGUUUGGAAUUAUAUCUAAGCACGAUUUUAUUUUUUAUUACUUUUCUAUUAUUGCAUAAGAUUUUUAAACUUCGUUGCAACCAGAGAAAUUUUCUAAUUUUAGUCGAUAUUAGCUUUAACUUGAUAACCUGACCGCUUGCAAAUUAGCAGCAAUCAGUACAUGUUAACAACAAAAUUAUGUACCAUAUCGUCGUUCACUGCUAUGGGUAUUUGGGGUCUUACAAAAAAGAGAGGUGACAACGAAGCAAUCAUAACUACAAAAGAAGUUCUAAUAGCAAAAGCCGAUGCAUUAUACGAGCAAGAACAAUACCAGGAAAUACAUGACCUUCUAAUAAAUUAUAAAGAUAGCGGUGAUAUUGAAAUUAUAUGGCGUUUGUGUAGAGCAAUGUAUAAAUUGUCUAAAAUUGUGAGUGAAGUGGAUGGAAAGAAAUUAAUUUUCGAAGCUUAUGAUUUAAUACUUGAAGCACUUGAGAUAAAAGAGGAUAAUUGGGCUGCACACAAAUGGGCAUCGAUUCUUCUUAAUUCUAAGACUCUUUAUGAAGGAGUAAAAGCACAAAUAAAAGAGUCAUAUAAUAUUAAGAAAUAUAUGCAGGUAUAUUUCAUGAUAAUAUAUUAA